AGUGGAGUCCUAGCUGGAGAGAAGUAGGGGAAGAAAGACUAAAGAAAACGCUGCUUCCUCCACAGAAACCCCAAAAAAACUCUUUUUUAUCGUUUUCCUGCUGCCAAGAUAGACUCUUUCUAUUUCUUGCUUUCUUGGUAGACGAGUAAGGGUUGUGGACUCUACUGGGUUUCCUUCUUUGUCGCCAUUUCUUGAGGAAAUGAAAAGAAAUUCGUUCCCAGUGAUCAUCAUCUUCUUUCUGCUCUGUUUUUGCUCUUCUGUUUAUGGGGGAGUGGUUUCUGACAAAUCAGUUCUGCUGGAAUUCAAGUCCUUUGUUUCUGAUCCUCAUGGGAUUCUCUCCAGCUGGAACUCUAGCAAUUCUGAUCAUUGUUCGUGGCUUGGUGUCACAUGCAACCUCAAAUCCAGGGUUGUCUCCAUCAGUAUUACUGGCGGUGAUGAUGGUUUUGAAGGUAAUUCUCAGGCUCUUUCUUGUUCCGAGUCUUUAAAGUUUCCUUUUCGUAGGUUUGGAAUCAGGAGAAAUUGUUCUAAUCGUGUCGGGAAGUUAGAGGGGAAGUUAUCCCCGUUGAUUGGAAAACUUAGUCAGCUUAGAGUUUUAUCGUUGCCUUAUAAUGAACUUAGUGGUGAAAUUCCCUUAGAAAUAUGGGGUUUAGAGCAUUUGGAAGUGCUUGAUCUUGAAGGGAAUUUGUUUACCGGAAAAUUGCCUUUUGGAUUUGUUGGGUUAAGGAAAUUGAGAGUUUUGAAUCUUGGGUUUAAUAGACUUGAUGGGGAGAUUCCCAUUUCUCUAUCAAAAUGUGCUGGUUUAGAGUUUUUGAAUUUAGCUGGUAACAAGUUGAAGGGGUCAAUCCCCAGGUUUGUUGGUAGUUUCUUUAGGCUGAGAGGGCUUUAUUUGGCUUAUAAUGAGCUGAGUGGGACUGUUCCGGCUGUUUUAGGAAGUAAAUGCCAGUAUCUUCAGCAUCUUGAUGUGUCUGGAAAUUCCCUGUUUGGUGGGAUUCCUGAUACUUUGGGAAAUUGUCGGCAGUUGAGGACGCUUUUGUUGUUUUCGAAUAAGUUGAAUGGAGAGAUUCCUCGUGAGCUUGGCCAGCUUGGAAGGCUUGAAGUUUUAGACAUUUCAAGGAAUCUCAUUAAUGGUGUGAUCCCUGCUGAGCUUGGUAAUUGUGCUGAAUUGUCUGUUCUUGUUCUUUCGAACCUUUUUGAAACGUGGCCGAAUGACAAAAAUAAGAGCAGAGAGAUGUUGGCUAGUUUGCCAUCUGUUUCUAAUCAUGAGUACAAUCAUUUUCGAGGGUCUAUUCCUACUGAGAUUACAACCCUUCCCAAGCUAAGAGUGCUUUGGGCACCGAGGGUAACUUUCGAAGGGAAGCUUCCAAGCAAUUGGGGUGGCUGUGAGAGCUUGGAGAUGGUGAACUUAGCACAUAAUGGUUUUGGUGGUGAAAUAAAUGGAAUUUUUGGGAGAUGCAAGAAGUUGUAUUACCUGGAUUUGAGUUCAAACGUGCUAAGUGGGCAGCUCGACGAGAAACUUCCAGUUCCUUGUAUGACUUUCUUUGAUGUUAGUCAGAACCUCAUGUCCAGCUCCAUACCUAGAUUUAAUUACAAUGUUUGCCCACGUGUACCCUCCUCAAAUUCAGAUCUUGGUGAAGGCCGUGAUCCGUCACAUGGGUAUGUGUCAUUCUUACUAUACAAAACUCGCCUUGCAAACCAUUUGCCGUUCUCUGCUGCCACUUUGGCAGUGAUUCACAACUAUGGUGGAAACAAUUUCACUGGUCCAAUUCGUUGGCUGCCAAUUGCACCAGAGAGAUUAGCAGAGCAGACUGAUUAUGCUUUUCUUGCCAGUAGAAACAAGCUUACUGGAUCAUUUCCUGGAAUCUUAUUUGGGAAGUGUGAUAAAUUGCAUGGAAUGAUUAUUAAUGUUAGCAAAAAUCAGAUAUCUGGUCUUAUUCCAUUGAAUAUUGGUUCAAUGUGUGGAUCUCUAAGAUUUUUGGAUGCCUCUGAGAAUCAAAUUGCGGGUUCAAUACCCCAAAGCAUUGGGGAUUUGAAAUUUCUCGUUGCCCUUAACUUGAGUGGGAACAAACUGCAGGGUCAAAUCCCAGCUAGUCUCUAUAGGUUAAAGUACCUAAAGCACAUCUCCUUGGCUGGUAACAACCUGAUUGGUGCCAUCCCUUCUGGUUUGGGGCAGUCGGAUUCUCUUCAAGAGUUAGAAAUUUCUCCAAAUUCUCUCUCUGGAAAAAUUCCACAGAAUACUGUGAAAUUGGAAAAUCUUACUUCUUUUCUGCUUGACAACAGCAAACUCUCAGCGCAGAUCCCAUCUGGUUUCAAUAAUGUGAGAUCACUGUCUUCAAAUGGUCCAUCAGAGCCAUUGCCCUUGCAUAGAAGGGUCAUGAAUUGUAGCAACGCCCAUGGAAAUCCUUUUCCCAACUCUUGUGACACAUUCUCCCUUUCUGCAUCAUCUCCAGAUCCAACAGGAAGCAAUAGGGAUCAACCAAGUGAUUUAACUUCUUCAUCAGAAACCAAAAGUGAGAGUACUGGUCUUAGGCCAAUUGAGAUUGCAUCUAUAGCAUCUGCAUCAGCUGUUGUUUCUAUACUUCUAGUUCUAGUUAUUUUGUUCUUCUACACAAAAAAAUGGGUACCAAACACCAGGGUUCAGGUCUCUGAACGAAACGAAAUUACCGUUUUUGUUAACAUUGGGAUUCCGUUGUUAUACGAGAACAUAGUAGAAGCAACUGGGAACUUCAAUGCAAGCAAUUGUAUCGGGAGUGGAGGCUUUGGUGCCACUUACAAGGCUGAAAUUUCUCCAGGGACACUAGUGGCUAUAAAGAAGCUUGCUGUUGGAAGGAUUCAAGGCGUUCAACAAUUCCAUGCUGAGAUAAAGGCCCUCAGUAGAAUGAGGCACCCUAAUCUUGUAACUUUAAUAGGGUACCUUGCCAAUGAAACUGAGAUGUUUCUCAUAUAUAAUUAUUUGCCUGGAGGUAAUCUGGAAGAUUUUAUCAAGGAAAGAUCACCAAUAGCUGUUAAUUGGAAGGUUCUCCACAAGAUUGCUUUAGAUAUAGCCUCUGCACUUUCUUAUCUCCAUCAUCAAUGUGCUCCUCGCGUUCUACACCGCGAUGUCAAGCCUAGUAACAUAUUGUUGGAUAAUGACUUGAACGCGUAUUUAUCUGACUUUGGGUUAUCUAGGCUCUUGGGAACUUCUGAAACCCAUGCAACAACUGGUGUGGCCGGAACAUUUGGAUACGUUGCACCAGAAUAUGCUAUGACCUGUCGUGUGUCCGAGAAGGCUGAUGUUUAUAGCUAUGGCGUGGUUCUGCUUGAGCUGAUAUCAGAUAAGAAAGCAUUGGAUCCAUCGUUUUCUUCACAUGAAAAUGGUUUCAAUAUUGUUUCUUGGGCCUGCAUGCUGAUGCGACAUGGCCAAGCAGAAGAUGUCUUCAAUGCAGGGUUAUGGGAUUCAGGUCCCCAAGAUGAUCUGGUGGAAAUGCUGCACUUGGCUGUCAGAUGUACAGUUGAGACCCUCUCAACCAGGCCUACCAUGAGGCAAGUUGUCCAGCAGUUGAAGCAAAUUCAACCUUCCUAAUGUUAGCAAGGCAAAGAAGCUUACGAAUGUGUACAUGCGAAAUGUAGAUGGUAGAAGGUAUAAAAUAAGUAGAGAAAAUGCAUCUUGUAAUUUAUAAAUUUGCUGCAAAUCCCAUGACAGUCAUCCAUCUGAUAUUAACCCAAAGCUACUGUUGAUGUUAUAACUUACUCCUUCCAUCUUGCAUUAGACCGAUGGAAAUUAUCAUAGUUAAAUUGAUAGAGCAUAGGAUUAGUGAUCACUUUGUCAUGGAAUGUGAUCGUUGUUCUUCUGUCUGGAAGAUCAAUAUCAUGUCAUCCUAGGAAAAGUAAAGAGUUGCUGGAAAAUGACAGGCUUCAGGUUUAUGCUAAAUAUGAGUUUGGAUUCUGUAGUCAUCUAUAUAUAUAUAUAUAUAUUGAGAGAGAGCAGAAAACAGCUAUAAUUACUGUCUCUUUGUCAGGGAAUGUACCCAUUAGAGUCUGCAAGCUUUUCCUAUUUCAGUAACUUGUCCACAGCUCCUAGGAAACCAAUUCAAGUUCUGGAGACGUUAUAGUAAAUGAGAAAGUUAUCUUUCCUUCC